GUUAUAAAACCACAGGAUAAAGAUGAAAUAAAUGUCUGCUGUCAAUGAUGUAUAGAUUAGUGUUACAGAAAUCUGUCACAGUGACAGGUGUUAGUGAUUGUAGUCACAUUUCCCGUGUAUCACCAGACCGGGUCUGGAUCAGUGAUGAAGACAAUCUCAUCUUGACAAACACAACAGGUGAUAAACUACAUCAUCUGACAGGUAUAUAUAGUUAUGGUUAUGGAAUACAUACAGUGACAAGUGACGGUGAUUUAAUUUAUAUAGACAGUUACGGUAACAUCAACAAACUGUCUACAGAUCACAGAGUACAGACUACAUUAAUAAAGUACAACACAGCACCAUGGAGACCACUGUGUGUCUACAGCUCCCCCUCCACUGGAGACCUGCUGGUCGGGAUGCGUAAUACUGAUACAGAUACAGGCCAGGUAAACCGUUACAAGAACACAGGACAACACAUACAGACCAUACAGCGCGACAACACAGGUCAGGGACUGUAUAGUAGACCUAGAUACAUCACAGAGAACCGCAAUGGAGAUGUUAUUGUGUCUGACUAUGACCGUGGUGCUGUAGUGGUGACAGAUCGUGUAGGUAGACACCGCUUCUCCUACACAGGACCUCCAUCAGGAUCAGGACUAGUACCACGUGGAAUCUGUACUGACGCGCUGUCACACAUCCUGGUGUGUGAUUAUAGAACCAACACAGUACAGAUGAUUGACAAGGACGGGCAAUUCCUGUCACAGUUAGAGCCAGGACAACACAGGAUAUACGGACCACGUGGCCUGAGUUAUGAUGAUAGAACUCACUUACUCUGGAUUGGAUCAUACAGAAACAACAAAGUAAACAUCUAUAGACUUAUUUAUGGAGACUCUCUGACCGCGCUCUCUCUGGAGAAGAUGAAGUGUGUGAAGCAUCCCAGAGGUACAUUGUCCCAGUUCUGUAUCCCGUGUGAGACUGCCUUGUGUGAGAUGUGCUUCAGGACCUCUAGUGAUCAUAUAAAACAUGAUGUUAAAGAUGUUGAGAAAUUGUUUCGUGAAAUUCACAAGAGAAAAGAUGGAGAUGCAGUGUUGAUAUGCCUUCUUCUUUGCCAGAACUACAAACUAAGUCUUGAAGAAGAACAAUGGAUGGAGAAAUAUAAUGCUGCGGCUAAAGUGUUUAAAUUCAAGAAGAUUAAGAAGCAACCUGAUCCUAGCAAAAUGAAAAAGUACAAACCAGUACUUAAACAAGAUGGCCCCGGGGUAACAUUUGGUUGUGAAUUCUUCAAACACACCAGUUUUCUUAGAUUUGCAAAAGAUCCAAAAUUUGUGGAUAUGUUUCUGAUUUGGUCAGAAAAAGAAAACAUAGCGGAGUAUUGCAGAUCAUGGGUCUAUCCAAAGAAAGAGGGUGAAGUCUUUUGCUGGUUAUUACCAAAGCAAACCGACCAAUUGAUAGACAAACUUGGAGAGGAUAUUUUCACGCAUCCAGCAUGGCAAGACACAUCAAUACAUGAAGCUGUUUUUAGAAACCUUGGCAUACCGAUGCAGGUCAUAAUGAGAGGAGAUGAUUCAGUGAAGAAUUUCCUGGAAAAUCUCAAGAAAGGAAAGACAACGAUGUACCACGCCACUGGGAUGUUAAUAGGAUGCGGAGGCAGUGGAAAAACAACGUUGCUUGGAAGAUUAAAAGGCAUUCACAUGGAAGAUAUUCUGAAAAAUACAAGGUCCACCAGAGGAAUUGAUGUCCAGACCGACGUUUUUGAUGUGUCAAACACCAUCAAAGUAAAUUCAUCAAACCAAAAACAACGCUUUAAGGUUAGAAUUGAAGAAAAAUGUCAGAGUCAAAACAUUCCAAAACCUCGUGUAGAAUUAUCAGAUGAGAUGAAAUCUCUGGAUAUUGAUGACCCAGGGGAUAAUGAAGAAGACACUGCUAGCGAGGCCGCUACUGAUAAAGAGAUGUCACGUGACAGCAUGAACACAGAAGCCGAGUCAAUCAAAGGAGAUGAAGCCACUGCUCCAUUGUUUGAAAAGACAGAGAAAAAAGUUGAAGAAACUCAAACUUCUGCUAAAAAUUCAGAAAGUUGGGGAAUUUUACGAGUCUCCAAACAAGUUUUUGAUGAACCAGAGAAAAAAAUCUCCAUGGUUGACUUUGCGGGGCAGUGUUCAUAUUAUUCCUCACACCAGAUUUUUCUGAGUCCACGUGCAUUCUUCAUUCUGGUGCUCAAUAUGGAGAAAAAGUUUAAUGAAAUGGUUGGAGAAGAAGUGUGUAGCCAGGAACGCUCCAUUUAUAAAGGAUGGACUUACAGAGGUUUGUGA